CACUGCCAUGGGGUGCCAGCUCCUGCCCAUGCUGCCGCCGCUGCUCCUCCUGCUGCUGCUCCUGGGGACCCCAGGGCUCCAAGGUCAGGGUCAGGAGCCUGUGGAGGAGCCCCCCGAGGCAGAGUCCCCCUCGGAGGAGGACGGGGUCCUGGUGUUGAGCCAGCACAACUUGGGCAGGGCCCUACAGGAACACCGGGCCCUGCUGGUGGAGUUCUAUGCUCCGUGGUGCAGCCACUGCCAGGCGCUGGCCCCAGAGUACAGUAAGGCAGCUGCCCUGCUGGCAGCUGAGUCAGCAGCAGUCACGCUGGCCAAGGUGGAUGCAUCUGCAGAACCAGAGCUGACUGAGGAGUUUGGGGUGACCGAGUACCCCACACUCAAGUUUUUCCGUGAUGGGAACCGCACCCACCCAGAGGAGUACACGGGCCCCCGGGAGGCCGAGGGCAUCGCCGAGUGGCUGAGGCGGCGGGUGGGGGCCAGCGCCAGGAGGCUGGAGGAUGAGGAGAGCGCCCGGGCACUGAUAGACGCCCAGGAUGUGGUGGUCAUCGGGUUCUUCCAGGACCUGCAGGACGAAGACGUAGCCACCUUCCUGGACCUGGCCCGGGACGCCCUGGACCUGACCUUCGGCCUUACAGACAGCCCGCAGCUCUUUGAAAAGUUUGGCCUCACGGAGGACACUGUGGUCCUUUUCAAGAAGUUUGACGAGGGGCGAGCUGACUUCCCGGUGGACAUGCAGCUAGGCCUGGACCUGGGGGACCUGUCACGCUUCCUGGUCACCCACAGCAUGCAUCUCGUCACAGACUUCAACAGCCAGACGUCCCCCAAGAUCUUUGCCGCCAAGAUCCUCAACCACCUGCUGCUGUUUGUCAAUGAGACGCUGGCCGCCCACAGGGAACUCCGGGCCGGCUUUGCGGAAGCUGCGCCCCCAUUCCGGGGAAAGGUGCUGUUCGUGGUGGUGGACGUGGCCGCAGACAAUGGCCACGUGCUGCAGUACUUUGGCCUCAAGGCAGACGAGGCCCCCACCCUGCGUCUCAUCAACAUGGAGACCAACAAGAAGCACGCCCCCGCAGCCGGGGAGCCCAUCACUGCAGCCUCAGUCACUGCCUUCUGCGAGGCUGUCCUCCACGGCCAAGUCCAGCCCUACCUCCUGAGCCAGGAGGUCCCCCUUGACUGGGACCAGCGGCCAGUGAAGACCCUUGUGGGCAAGAACUUUGAGCAGGUGGUGUACGAUGAAGCCAAGAGCGUGUUUGUCAAGUUCUAUGCCCCCUGGUGCAGCCACUGCAAGGAGAUGGCCCCGGCCUGGGAGGCGCUGGCUGAGAAGUACAGGGACCGUGAGGACAUUGUCAUUGCCGAGCUGGACGCCACAUCCAAUGAGCUGGAGGGCCUCACCGUGCACGGCUUCCCGACCCUCAUGUACUUCCCUGCAGGGCCGGGUCGCAAGAUGAUCGAAUACAAGAGCAACCGCGACGUGGAGACCUUCUCCAAGUUUCUAGACAACGGGGGCGAGCUGCCUCCAGAGGAGCCCGCGGCCCCCUCACCAGAGCCGCCAGCCAAUGCCACGGUGGAGCCCAAGGAAGAGCUGUAGGCGGGCCCUGC